AUGAGGGAUCGCUGGUUGACGGGGCUUAGAUGGUGUCGUAUGAUAUGCCUCGCAACAACGAUUUUGAUUAUUGCUGAGGCGCAAGAAUUCACUACUGAUGAUGUAACAUCGGAAGUGGUUGAAUCAAAGAAAGAUUUCCCGUGCUAUUCUUUACCUCGUGAGAAUUACACAUGUAGUGCGUGCAUCCAAUUCCACGACACGUGCGCCUGGUGUAGUAAAGCAGAUUUUGAUAACGAAAACCAACAUCCACGAUGUGAUAGUUUGGAGCGACUUAUUGAACACGGUUGUCCGGAAUUUGAAAUUGAAAAUCCUAAAACAACGUUGAAAAUAACCGAGAAUGUUGAACUGAGUAAUGCCGGUGAUGCAGCAAGUGAGGAGGAAGCAGUUCAAUUACGGCCACAGCAUAUGGUUGUCAAUAUACGACCCAAGGCACGUGUUCGAUUCCAAGUAACCUAUCGACAAGCUGUGGAUUAUCCAGUUGACUUAUAUUAUUUAAUGGAUCUAUCCUAUUCCAUGAAAGACGAUAAGCAAAAGCUGUCUGAAUUAGGCGAUUUGUUAGCUGAACGAAUGAAAGCAAUCACGAAGAACUUCAGGCUUGGAUUUGGCUCAUUUAUUGAUAAAAAACUUAUGCCAUUUGUGGAUCCUCGUCCCGAAAAACAGUUAUCGCCAUGUCCAGAACAAUGUGCGCAACCGUAUGGUUUCAAGAACCAGAUGAGUCUCACAAUGGAUACGGCUAGAUUUUCAAAAGAAGUUGAAGAAGCUGAAAUAUCGGGGAAUCUGGAUGCUCCAGAAGGUGGCUUUGACGCUGUCCUACAAGCUUUAACUUGUAAUAACAGUAUUGGUUGGCGUGAACGUGCUCGAAAAAUGAUCGUAUUUUCUACAGAUGCUGGUUUUCAUUAUGCAGGGGAUGGACGGAUGGCCGGUGUUGUAGUACCGAAUGAUGGACAGUGUCAUUUGGAUAACCAAGGAUAUUAUACGAAAUCUCUUGAUCAGGAUUAUCCCUCUGUUGCUUUAUUGCAUCAGAAAAUCAAGGAAAGAAAGGCGAAUUUAAUUUUUGCAGUUACUGAGAAAAAUAAAGAUCUCUAUAAACAGCUCAGUGAUGCGUUACCUGAUGUGAGUAGUUCGGUUGGUGUAUUGGCCGAUGAUUCUAGAAACAUCGUUUCCCUUAUCGAAGAGGAAUAUAAUAAAAUUUCCCAAAAAAUCAUUAUGGUUGAUAAUGCAAAUGCAAGCCAAGGACUAAGGCUGUCGUAUCGUUCCAGAUGCUUAGAUGGGCAUACCCUGAAGGAAACAAAUGUAUGUGAUGGAAUCAAAGUCGGUGAUGAAGUUUCGUUCGAAGUUACUCUGGAGGCAACGCAUUGCGUGAAGGAACGUGACUUUGAUUUGAAAAUCGGACCAAGUGGUCUUGAUGAGACCCUUCAAGUUGAUGUUCAUGUGCAAUGUGAUUGCGAUUGUGAAACCGAUAAAGUUGUAUACAAUUCACCGGUGUGUCAUGGGAAAGGUGAUUUGGUUUGUGGUAUUUGUAUGUGUCAUGGGACAAAUGUCGGAAGACAUUGCGAAUGUGAUGCACCUGGCCUUUCAACUGUUGCUUUAGAUGCAAAAUGUAAAAGGACAAAUGAAAGUGCUAUUUGUGAAGGUCGAGGGGUUUGCAACUGUGGUGUUUGUGAAUGUUUUGAACGUGAUAAUAUGAAUGAGAAAAUUUCGGGUCAGUUUUGUGAAUGUGAUAAUUUCAACUGCCCACGACAUGAUCGUAAAAUCUGUGCUGGGCAUGGUACUUGUGAUUGUGGGCAGUGCACAUGCGAGCCCGGUUGGACAGGCCGAGCUUGUGAAUGUCCGUUAAGCUUGGAUAGCUGUAUGGCAGCGAAUGGUAAAGUAUGUAACGGACAAGGGGAAUGCAUUUGCGGACGUUGUCGUUGUUUCAGUGAUGGUCCAGGCAAUCGUUACUCGGGUCCCAAAUGUGAAAUAUGUCCUACUUGCCCAUCAAAAUGUGUUGAACAUAAACCAUGUGUGAUGUGUCAACAGUGGCAAACUGGUCCGUACAAUGAAACUCAGUGUGACGAGUGUAUCUUUACUGUUAUACCUGUUAAGGAAUUACCAGUGUUAAAUGAUACAACCGAAUGUCAAUUUGUGGAUCCAUCAGAUGACUGUACAUUCUAUUUCCUUUAUUACGAGGAUCAAAGAACUGAUAAUCUUACCGUAUGGGUGAAGGAAGAAAAAGAUUGCCCACCACCAGUACCAGUUCUUGCCAUUGUCCUUGGUGUCAUAGCUGGUAUUGUCAUACUGGGAUUGAUCCUGCUUUUGGUAUGGAAAUUGUUAACUGUUCUUCACGAUCGUGCCGAAUUUGCGAAAUUUGAUAGCGAAAGAUUAUUGGCGAAAUGGGAUACUAAUGAGAAUCCGAUUUAUAAACAAGCAACGACGACGUUUAAAAAUCCUGUAUAUGUGGGAAAUAAUACGAUGAAAAAUAAAUAG